AUGGCUUUGAUCGAAGGAGUGGGGGAUGAGGUGACUCUUCUCUUCAGCCUGGUUUUCAUAAUGAUGGUCCUCGCCCUGGCCUGGGCUUCCACACGCACCGUCGACCGAGGGGAGCAGACCCUGCCGCCCACACAGUCCACUUCCACGGAUUCCACUGAGCAAUCCGACUCCGCCUGCCCCUCGUGCCAAGGGGGCUCUCCGCAGCCAGAGGCCGGGGAUAGGAGGAGUGAUGGAGAGGAGGGAGGGAAGCAGAGAGACCGGGUGGAGAGGAAGAAGGAUGUGGAGGGCGAGAGACAGAGCGAUGGGGUGGAGGGGGAGAGGCAGGCAGACGGAGAGGAGGGUGGGAGACAGAGGGACGAAGCGGAGAGGGACAAACAAAGAAACGGAGAGGGUGGAGAGCAGCGGAGAGAUGAUGAGGAGGGAGAGAGGCAGAGAGACAGAGAGGAGAGGGAGGGGGACAGAGUGGAGGGGGAGAGGCAGGAGGAAGAGAAGAGGAGUGACACGGAGCGACAAUUUGUGGCUGAACGUGAGGAGACGUCUCCGGCCGCCGGUGCUGCUGAGAACACGUUUCCUGACGAUGUGCCUGUAGAGGUACGGCAGCGAGGGAGCGCGGCGAGGGUUGGCGACGACGAGGGGGAACAGCCCCCGCACACUGACUGUGCCCCGGACAGCCCCAUGCUGAUGAGAUUGAAGUUUUUGAAUGAAACCGAGAGAAUCAUUCAGGUCAGACCUGAACAGACGAUCGGAUACAUUAAGAGGACUCAGUUCCCUCAGCAGGAGCACCAGGUGCGUCUCAUAUACCAGGGGCAGCUGCUGGGAGAUGACACACAGACGCUCUCCUCGCUUCACAUCAGCAGCAACUGCGUGGUCCACUGCCACAUCUCGCAGAACGCCACGCCGCAGUCGCCGGCCGGCAGCCAGGCCGCCGAGAACACGGACAGCACCCUCAACAUCGGGGGCCUCAUGUUGCCCCUCUUCUUCCUCAUGCUCUCCAUACUGUGGUACUACCAGAUCAACUAUCGCCACUUCUUCACCGUGCCCGCCACCAUCUCCCUGGUCGGCAUCACCAUCCUCUUCAGCUUUGUGGCUUUUGGAGCAUACCGCCGCUGACCUCACCUUCGCUUACGAGACCCUCCUUCUCCCAAGGACCGACACUGCUUCCGCUUCUUAUCGAUUGAAACUGGCAAUCGUUUGGGAGGUGUGGCAACUAUGAUGCUAAGCCUGUGGUGGUCUUCGUGGCCAUGGAGCUGUUUGAUAAAGGCAACUGUGUUGUCAUUGACUGAUAAAGCUGUCUGCACCGU